UCUGCUCUCCUCAUGCCCUGAUGUCUAGUCUGGUCUACCACCCAGUGGACCAAAUUUGGUUUGGUCCAUGGCUCCCUUCCUCAGACCAUCUACCUGGAAUCGAGUCCUCCUGUCAGCUACUCUCUGGCUCUCUGUGUUUGGUUCGCUGUUGUCUCCUGUCUGCUGUUCCCAUGGUCCACCCAAAUGGCGCUUCUCUACCUCUGAAGUUGUGAUCCCCAGGAAGGUUCCCCAGAGAAUGGGUAAAAGUGAUAUGUCAGGGCACAUCACCUAUAGCAUGCGCUUUAGGGGACAAAGACAUGUGGUCCACAUGAAACUCAAGAAGAACAUGAUUUCUCAAAACUUUCCUGUAUAUACUUCUAAUGACCAAGGAGCCCAGCAAGAGGAUUACCCCUUUGUCCCUCAGGACUGUUACUUCUACAGCUACCUGGAAGGAGUCCCUGGGUCCCAAGCUACACUAGAUACCUGCACUGGAGGUCUGAAAGGCAUGAUACGGGUGGAUGACUCCACUUAUGAAAUCAAACCAUUGACAUCUUCUUCCAAAUUUGAGCAUGUAAUUUCUCUACUUGUGGUGGAUGAAAGGUCACGUAAGUCUAAAAAGUGUAGAAAUGAUGAGAUUAUGGCAGAGGCAGGUGACUCCCUUGUUAAAGAGACUAAGCUUGCAGGAAGUCCCAGAGCAGCUCCCGUAUAUCUGUGGCGUAUACAUGUGAAAAGCAUAGCAAUAAUGUACACCGUGACUCACCAAGUAUUCCUAGAUGGCGGGAGUAACAUUACACAGUCACUUGAGUUAACAAUGACUUUGAACACCAUAGCAGAUAGCAUAUAUAGACCAAGUGGUUUGAUUGUGUUUAUACGUGCUCUAUGUCUCUGGAAUGACGGUGACCACUUCCCCACAGGCGAUGGGAAUAUUUGGAGACUUAUGGAACGUUAUGGCUAUUGGAAAGCUCGCUUUUUCUGGGAGAUGCACCAUGCCACUGCAGCUCUUCUUAUAUCAAAUAUACGUUCAAAUGCAGAGUAUGCAGGCUUUCAGGAUGGAGUAUGUAACCCCAACUGGGGAGUAUUAUAUACACAUGUAGGAAAAAACCAUUAUUUUCUGGCUGCUUCUUUCCUGGCUCAUGCAGUGGGUCACAUUCUGAACGUAGGUCAUGAUAAACCGGGCUGUGUUUGUUUCAGAAGGAGUUCUUGUACCAUGCAUGAAUAUCCUACUCUUCAUGAUAUGAUGAGCAAUUGUUCCCAUAAUGUCCUCCAUUAUAGGAUCCAUGACUGGGAUGGUUGCUUGAGUCAACCACGUGUUUCAUAUAGGUGGAUAAAUUAUGCCGUUCCUCGUUGUGGAAAUAAGAUAGUGGAUAAUGGCGAGAAAUGUGACUGUGGUUCUUUUAAAGACUGUGCCUCUGAUCAUUGCUGUGGAACCACUUGUGAGCUCACGGCAAGCAGUGUUUGUGCUUCAGGAGGAUGCUGCCAGUCUUGUAAGUUUGCACCCAUUGGAACAGUAUGCAGACAAAAAGGUGGCAUUUGUGAUCUUCCAGAAUACUGUAGUGGAAAAUCAGAGCAUUGUCCAGGAAAUUUUCACAUCAUGGAUGGAACCCCUUGUUCUCCACUAGCAGUCUGCGUGUCAGGAAACUGUAGCGACCGCCAAUUGCAGUGUCAAGCUCUUUUUGGAUUCAACGUAAAGGAUGCUUCACCAGCAUGCUAUAAAGAAUUAAAUACCAAAGGUGACCGAUUUGGAAACUGUGGGAUUAGAGAGGUACGUGGAGGAAGUAAACCUAUGCGAUGUCAAGAGGAGGAUGUUUUAUGUGGACAGAUUCACUGUGAUGGUGUCAAGUUCAUUCCUGGUGGAGGUGAGCACACUACCUUUCAUCACAUAAAGGUAAUGGAUAUUAAAGAAGAACAGUGCUUUGGGUAUGAUGCACACCAUGGGGCACAAGUACCGGAAAUGGGACUCGUAGUGGAUGGUGCAACCUGUGGCCCAGGGAAAUAUUGUAGAGGACAAAGAUGUGUUUUUCAUCAAACUAUGGGAUUUAACUGCAAUGUUAGUAAGUGUAACUAUAAAGGGGUGUGUAACAACCAAGGCAACUGUCACUGUGUUCAAGGCUGGCAACCACCAGAUUGUAUAGAAAAAGGAGCAGGUGGUAGUGUAAACAGUGGUCCUGCAGUUAUUUAUGAGAAAAGAAUUCGAGCCAAAGUACAUAUGAGUAUCAACAGGCUAAUAAUUCUUCUAGGUACUCGAAUGUUUCUUAUCUUUGCCUCGAUUAUUUCUGGUGCAAUUUCAAAAGCAGUUUUACGUCCAGUAGGGGACCAAUAUCCCCCCUAUUAAUAUAAAUUGACUUCAUCCCAAACUAAUUGGAGCCACACAAUGGACAAAGUCCAUGUCAAUUACCACAAGAAAUUGUCGAUGAUGUCUCCUGACAUUCAUGCAACCAUUCACAAAUCUGAGAAUUUCAUCUUGAAAUAAAAUCACUGGGGAACU